AUGUCUAGUAAGGAGGGUACCGCAGGACAGGCCUUUGGCCCCGUUCUGGCGGCUGUCGCUACAAUGCAAGGAAAUGUUUCACGAACCGAGAAGACACAUGCUCAUCAGUUUCUUGAGAAGUUCCAGAAAUCAAUCGAAGCGUGGACGAUUACCCAUGACCUUCUGCAGUCCCCAGAUGUCCCCGUCGAGGCCAAGUUAUUCGCAGCGACCACGUUGAAGGGGAAGAUCACAUUUGAUUUGGAUCAGUUACCCACGGAAUCGGUACUAGCUUUGCGAGAUUCGGUAAUGGGUCUGCUCGUAGUCUUUGCAUCAGGCCCCCGCCCGAUACAAACACAGCUAUGCGUAUGUUUGGCGAGUCUCGCCGUCCAGAUGAUUGAGUGGAAGGAUAUUCUCGCAUCUGUCGGCUCCGCUUUGGGAAGCAGCGCGGGUGACUGUGUUCUGGAGUUUCUAAAGAUCCUCCCAGAAGAAGUUACGGAAGGUCGCAAAAUAAACUUGAGUGAAGAGGAUCUUGUCUCCAGGACAAAGGAACUCUUGGAGGACAAUGCGGAGCAAGUGAUGCAUCUUUUGAUACAGUAUUCGCAGUCGUCUCCGUCCGCAGCUACCAACCCGCGCCUUCUGGAUUGCAUUACUUCUUGGAUGCGCGAAAUUCCGGCGUCGAAGAUAGUUGACUCGCCCUUAAUGGAUGUCAUUCUUAAGGCUCUGGAUAAUGAUACGUCCCUCGACUCCGCCGUUGAUUGCAUGUGCACGCUGUACAGAGAUACGCGAGAGGUUGAUGACUCGCUACCCAUUAUCCAGGCGCUCUACCCACGCUUAAUGUCCCUCCGUCCGAAGAUCGCCGAAUUCGCCGAAGCCGAAGAUACAGAUGCGUAUCGAGGAAUUACUAGGCUCUUUGCUGAGGCAGGUGAAGCUUGGGUUAUAUUGAUCGCACGUCUUCCGUCUGAAUUCCGAGGCCUGGUCGAGGCAGUCCUGGAAUGCUGCGCUCGAGACUGGGAACGUGAUGCCAUUUCGCUUACCUUUGUCUUCUGGUACGAAUUAAAGCAAUAUGUGAUUAUAGAUCGAUAUGCGGAAGCACGAGUAGGCUUUAGCGAUAUCUUCUCUAAGCUGGUGGAUAUUAUGGUCAAACACCUUCAGUACCCACACCCAGAAGAAGGGGAAUCUGAUCUUUUUGGUGGCGACAGGGAGCAGGAAGAAAAAUUCCGCCACUUCCGUCACUCAAUGGGAGAUGUGCUGAAGGAUUGCUGCGCUGUUAUUGGAGUUACUGAGUGCUUGACUAAAGCAUAUCAACUGAUCCAACACUGGGUUUCCAAGUAUGCGUCUCAGGCCAGCGAUGAGCAUGUCCCGAACUGGCAGGAACUCGAAGCGCCGCUUUUCAGCUUGCGAGCUAUGGGCCGCAUGGUUGAUCCGGGAGAGAAUAAUGCGCUUUUAGCUCAAGUGAUCCCUCUGGUUGUACAGAUACCAAACCAGGAGAAGGUCCGAUUCCAGGCCAUCAUGGCACUUGCUCGGUACACUGAAUGGACAGCACAACACCCCGAAACCCUCGAAGCACAGCUGAACUAUGUUAUCUCCGGAUUCCAACACAGCUCCUCUGAAGUCGUGCAGGCUUCGGCCUUGGCUUUCAAAUACCUCGGAACUGACUGCCAGAAGCUCCUGGGAGGUCACAUUACCCAACUUCAUUCGUUCUAUGAGUCGGUGCUUGACAAGUUAAAGCCGACGAGCCAGGAGGAAGUAACUGAGGGUGUGGCGGCCGUUGUUGCCAUGCAGCCACCUCACAAAAUCUAUGAAACUAUGAAAAUAUUCUGUGACCCUAUCAUGAACCGGAUCGUGAACUUAGCGAAUAACGCCAAGGAUGAACAAAGCCAGCGUGCUGUUGCUGAUCAUCUUCAGUUGAUUACGAUUUUUGUAUACGUCGUCAACCCCUUCGUUGCUCAGGGCAAAGAGAAUCCAGCCGUCAAAUACUGUGGCGAGAUCUUACCUAUCAUGACGGCCCUUGCUAUGAACUUCACCGCAUCUACACCUAUCCUAGAGCGCGUGUGCCGUUGCUGGAGGAACAUGCUCACCUCCUACCGAACGGCCAUGACCCCUCUUCUGCCUGUUCUUGCGCAAAGCCUUGCCGACGGGUUUCAAGCGUCACGGGAGGGGUGCUUCUUGUGGGCAACCGAUGCUGUUGUGCGCGAAUUUUCAGAGGGGGCUGAAUACGUCGAUCCGGGAACUAGCAGAGCAGUCUUUCAAUUCUAUGAGCAACAGUCAACUGCAUUCCUGCGUAUUCUAAACGAUCUACCACCAGAAAAUUUGCCGGACGUGAUCGAAGACUUCUACAGACUUUCCUCAGAUGCCGUUCGAUACUAUCCUAGGGAAUGCAUCACGUCGUCUCUUUCGGUGCCGAUUUUCUCCGCGGCGUUGAGCGCACUCACAUUGCAGCAAGUUGACCCGCUUAUUGCCACACUACAUUACUACCACGACCUGUUUAGUUUCGCAUUUGAGAGGCCGGCAGUUUCUGGUUUCACCAGCUCUAACGGAGAUCCAUAUACGAAUCCCCCAGAGAUCCGCGAGGCAGUCAAGCAGCUAAUUGCCUCGCAAGGUCAGGAGCUGUCCCAGCGUAUCCUCGCGGGCAUGAUGUUCUCGUUCCCUGUGGAUUGCUUCGCCGACGCAUCCAGUGUGAUGAUGUCGCUGUUUGAAUUGAUGCCUCAACAGGCCGGGGUUUGGCUUCACACGACUCUCCAGAUGCUACCCGCCGGCACCAUGAAGCCGAAUGAAGCGGAACGGUUGCUAAAAGGUAUUUCCGAUAGGGUACAAUCGGGCGAGCUCCGAAAGAUUCGCGUCCUUCUACAAGACUUUACCCAUUCGUACCGGCGACGAAACGUGGCACCUAGGGAAGGACUAGGCCGGUUAGAGGCCACCCGGUUCCGAUUCAGUGGAUAG